AUGGAUCAAGAUCCGUCUCCCGCCUCUGAAACUGAUAAUGCAAUUUCUCCUACACCGUCAGCAGUUAUCUUUACUGUGCUGUGCACUGCAUCCAUAGCCCUUGUAAUUACGGCUGCCGCUUUGUUCUUUGUUGCUAAUAAGCGAAUGAAAAAGGAUGAAUCGCUCGAAUCUUAUAAAGUAGAGAGUGGUUUACUUGAUAGAGAUUCUGACAUAAUCUUAAAAGAAGGCCUUUCAAAGGAGUCAUUACCUAUUUCCGCGCCCCCUAUGCUGAAAACAGAUCAAAAAGUAAAACCUUCCACUCCUCCGUCAACUGGAAGCGCUACCCCCCAAACUCUUCCACAUUUUCCUCAGUUAAAUACUCAGCUCUUUGAUUCUUUACCUGAUUCUUACAAUAUUCCGCCAAAGGCUUAUAAAUCUGGUAUUAUUAGUAGGUCUAGAUCAUCUAUAGAUCUCGCACAUUUGAAAGAUAAGGAGAAAGAACCUUUCACAGAGUCCACCUUGUAUAAUGAUUCACCAGGACCACCAUUGGGGAGUGACAGCGUUCCCAGCGUUCCCAAAAUCGACCCGGAACAACCAGGAGAAAGUCAAAGUCUGUAUAUGACAUCACAUCAUCCUUCCGCUGAUUUUUUACAAGAAAUGCCCUCACCUAUGAGACAUGAAUAUACAACAUCACCAGUUCGUUCUCCGAGAACCUCUGGAGACGUUCGUCCGCAGUCACGACAAUCAUCAGAGUACAUGGUGCAGUCCUCACAAGAAUUAUCUGAUCCUCAACUACGAACAACACAUAUGGAACCUGAUAUAUUGCAUGAAAGUUUGGGUGAUCCAUAUCUUGAAUAUACUACUAGGUCAGACAGAUCUGAGAGGUCACGUAGUAGAGGUAGCCGAGAUGAUAGUGUCGGCAUGCCACUUGCGCCACAAGUUUCGCGUCGUGCCCGCAGUUCUAGGCGUUCAACACGCGACCGUCGUAGUGGUGGAAACGGAUAUUCCGAAACGUUCCGAGUAAAAAUAGAAAAAUUCCGAAACACAACUUCGUGUACCCCUCCAGUUUUAAGA